GUAUCUUGGACCCACUUUUACACUCUAUUCCAUGUUGCCCGCUCACUUGCUUCCGGAUAAGCCUCUAUUUCUCUCUCUACAAAAAAAAAUAUUUUUUAACUUCCAAAUUCUCUCUCUUUCUCUCUCUUCAUUCCAGUUUCCAAAUUGAUCCAUUGAACCAUUCAUGUAUAUCUUUUGAGUGAUUUAUAUUUUGUAAUAAUGGCGGUUUUGGCAGCAAAUUCUCACCUGAGUUACAAAGAUUUUUGCCACGCUGAUCAACCAGUAACAGUUCAUCCUCUCUCCUCUUCUUACAUGGUAUCCGUUUCUGGGGUUUUCAGUUCCAUGAGGCCUGAAGAAUCAGUGGUUGCCUCACCCAAAGGUAGGAGCAGAAGAGAGAGAAAGUUCGUGAAAAGUGGAGUGAGAAGCAGAGCUUUCUGGCAAAAUGUUUCGAGACCCUCGUCGAUCGAAUUGGAGGCCAUUGUUGGCUUGGAGGAGCUCGAUCAGGCCCUCAAGCAGGCGCAGGACCUAUCCCAGCCCAUUGUCAUUGAAUGGAUGGCUGCUUGGUGCCGGAAAUGCAUAUAUUUGAAGCCAAAACUGGAGAAACUUGCAGCGGAGUACCACACAAGAAUAAAAUUCUAUUUCGUGGAUGUCAAUAAUGUCCCUCAAGCCCUUGUGAAGCGUGGCAACAUCUCUAAAAUGCCAACAAUUCAGCUAUGGAAGGAUGGAGAGAUGAAGGCAGAGGUGAUCGGAGGGCACAAAGCGUGGCUCGUGCUUGAUGAGGUCCGUGAGAUGAUCCACAAAUUCUUGUGAUUCCUUCCUACUUUUUUCCCUUUCUUUCUAUUUUUCUAUUUUCUUUUUGCAUUUUUGUCAUUAACAUAUGUUUAUAAAGAAUAAUUUAGUGAAA